GAGGAGAAAGCCAGAGAAGGAGGUGGGCGACAGCUGGAGACAGCGAUGAGAGAGAAAGGGAAGGGAGGAGAGUCGGGGAUAAAGCCGGUCAAGGUUGAUAAGGUUCCACCAGUGACAGUUGAGGCGACAAGUGGAGCUUGCGUGCUCGCAGUGGUAUUGGACCAGCCACAAGGCAGCAGCGUGACUCUGCCGCUGAUUGAUAGCAACCAACACAGAACAGAUGAGACAGUGGCUGUUCGAGGAAAACCUCUGACUCCAGGUGGUGAACUUUCAUUAACCUUCCUCGCUGAAAAUCCAGAUGAUGUCAUCACAACAAUUGAAGAGCGGUUGGCUGAGGCAGCUUCUGGUCGUAUUUUUGAAGCUCAGCCUCGCUUUUGCUGGUCCUCUGCGUCCACUCAAUGGGACCGAAUGCACAGCCAAAGGCCCUGCUUCCUACAUUGUGGUAUUUACCGGUUACUGGAGCCCACAGGCCUUCCCGAAGCAGUAUCCAUUGUUCAGGCCCCCUGCUCAGUGGUCCAAACUCAUAGCGGUGAGCCAUAAUCGCCAUUUUCGGCUCUGGGAGGAGGGUGCGAAGGCUAGUCAAGGGGUGCAGAACUUUGCUGAAGUUGGCGUGACGGUGGAGCUGAUGAAGUCGGCCAAGGAGGCAAGAAAGAGACGCACGGUCGGCACCAUGCACCGGACGGCCGGCAUCCCGAAUGGAAUCGGGCAUAGCUCCACAGAGCUGCUCAUGCUGCCCAGGAACUCACUGCUGUCUCUGAUGGUGAAGGUGAUCCCCAGCCCUGACUGGUUUGUUGGUGUGGACAGCCUCAACCUUUGUGAGGGCAGUCAGUGGAAACAGGACGUGACCGUUGACCUGCAACCUUAUGACGCCGGGACAGACAGCGGAUUUACUUUCUCCUCGCCCAACUUUCCCACCAGCCCCCCAGAAAACAUCUCAAAGAUCACCUCUCAGAUGCCAAACCACCCCGCCAACUCCUUCUAUUAUCCACGCUUAAAAGAACUUCCACCCAUUGCCAGCAUAAAGAUCAUGCGGCAGAGCAGAUCUCUUCACCGCCAAGUCCCCAUGUCCAAUCAUAUCCUCCCAAACUCCAUCAGUCCUCAGAGAUUCUCAGUGACUCCACUCGACUGUGAAGUGUCUCUCUGGUCAUCCUGGGGCUUGUGUCUGGGUCCCUGUUCCAAAGGCGGCAUCCGCCAUCGCACACGCUACAUCCUUCUACGGCCGGCCAAUGCUGGCGUCCCUUGCCCCGAGCUGGAGGAACAAGCUGAGUGCAUACCACACAGUUGCAUGAAGCUCCAGUAACCCACAGAGCACAGGUGCCGCCAGUAUUCAACACUGGGACUCAUGUUAUUACUGCUGGACUGAGAAAACUUUCUGCAUUAUUCCCUCGGUAAUGCAAAGGAUUUUCCUCCCUCUCAAGACUGCAUUUAAUGUGUUUCCUAUUAAUUUUAGUGUGUAGUUCUCCCUUGAUAUCAAACAUAGCAGACUGUUGGACCAAUGGUUUAAAAAAAACCCAAAUAAAUAAAUAAAAACACUUUUCAUGUGAGGUGUUGGAGCUGAGUUGAGCAAAAAUGUAAUGAAGUCAAAUGUGCCCUCAUAACCUCCAUCAACUCAGUCAAGUGCAUUACCCGCUGUGGCACUGUUACACACGCACAGCACAUUCUUUUCACUGACUUUUAGAAUGAAGGCAUUACUUUACAUCACACAUACAUGCUGAUCACAUGCAGCGCUUUCCAAAAUAAACUCACCCCCAGCUGCCGAACAAAAGCGAUGACCUGAAACACCCAUCCAUCCAGUAAAAAAGCAUAUUUGUUUUUAAAAUGAGAUGCCAUUUUUAAAAAGGGAAUAUUUAUACAAUGCUCUUUUUUGUUAUUUUAAUAAUGAAGUUUUGUAUAUACUGUAUUGUAACUCAUGUAUCACUCAUGAAUAAACGUUACAUGUUUUUCAAAAUAG